AUCACAGUUAUCGAUAUUUCUUGUUCCGGGUCGUCACUGCGUCGGAAGCACGAAGCAUCCAGCCAACAGACUAGCAAGCUAGGAUCAUGUCUAUGUCCCACUUGUAUGGGCGUAGAGAGGAGGAAGAGGAUGGGGUGGAGAUCGAGAAGUUUGAGAUCUCGGAGUGGGACCUGGCCAACGAGUUCAACCCCGAGCGGCGGCGACACAGGCAGACCAAAGAGGAGGCGACAUAUGGCAUCUGGGCGGAGCACGACUCCGACGAGGAGCGGCCCAGUUUCGGCGGGAAAAGAAGCAAGGACUACUCGGCGCCGGUGAGCUUUGUGAGUGCGGGGCUGCGGAAGACUGCGGCGGAGGAGAAGCAGGAGAGGCAGGCCUCAGAUGACUCGGACGCAGAUGAAGCUCCUCCGGCUCCCCAACCCUCGCGCGCUGCCGCACCUCCUAAGAACUUACAAACUGGUGGCAACUUCAAGAGCUCCCAGAGGGGGUUUGCGGGGAACAUCAGGCCCGGCCAGGACUUGGGCACCUGGGAGAAGCACACUCGGGGCAUCGGACAGAAGCUCCUGCAGAAGAUGGGCUACGUAGCAGGCCAAGGCCUGGGGAAGAACGCCCAGGGUAUUGUGAACCCCAUCGAGGCCAAGGUCAGGAAGGGCAAGGGGGCGGUGGGGGCCUACGGCCGCGAGCGCACCCAGCAGUCCCUGCAGGACUUCCCCGUCGUGGACUCUGAAGAAGAGGAGGAGAAGGAGUUCCAGAAGGAGCUGGGCCAGUGGCGCAGGGAGCCGGGCGCGGGGAAGAAGAAGCCCAAGUACUCCUACAGAACCGUGGACGAGCUCAAGGCUCAUGGGAAGGUGUCAGACAGGGGCAUGGUCACCCCAGCCGGAGAGCUGGCCAAGGUCAAGGUGAUCGAUAUGACUGGGCGAGAGCAGAGGGUGUACUACAGCUACAGCCAGAUGAGCCAGAAGCACAGCGUGCCGGAGGAGCCCACGCUGAGGGAGGCGGUGCAGCAGCGCGAGAAGCCGCAGGGGUUCGCCCUCCCGGAGCUGGAGCACAACCUCAAGCUGCUCAUCGAGCUCACCGAGCAGGACAUCCUGCAGAGUGCGCGUCAGCUGCAGCACGAGCGUGACACGGUGGUGUCUCUGUCCCACGAGAGCGGCGCGCUGCAGGCGCGUCUGAGCGAGGAGGACGAGGCGCUGGGCCGGCUGGAGGAGGUGCUGGAGCUCGUGGAGCGCCUGGAGGCGGGAGGGGAGCGUGGGGGGGAGCGCAGGGGGGAGGAGCACGGCGAGGAGACGCCCGUCACGCUGCAGGAGUGCGCCGAGGUGUUUGAGAAGCUGCAGGGCUCCUUCUACCAGGAGUACAAGACGCUGGGGCUCAGCGACCUGGCCGUGUCCGUGGUGCACCCCCUCCUGAAGAGCCACCUCAGCAGCUGGAGUCCGCUCAAGGACUGCUCUUACGGGCUGGAGGAGGUGGGCCAGUGGAGGGCCAUACUGGAGUCAGGCCUGAUGCAUCAUGGGGCACCGGACGCCUCCAACAUGGACCCCUACCACAGGUUGCUAUGGGAGGUGUGGCUCCCGGUGAUGAGGACGGCGGUGACCCAAUGGCAGCCCAGGACCGUGGGGCCCAUGGUGGACUGCAUCGAGUGCUGGGCCCCCAUACUGCCACUCUGGAUCCUGGACCAUGUCCUGGAGCAGCUCAUCUUCCCCAGACUACAGAGAGAGGUGGAGAGCUGGAACCCGCUGACGGACACGGUGCCCAUCCACGCCUGGCUGCACCCGUGGCUGCCGCUCCUGCAGGGCCGCCUGGAGCCGCUCUACCCGCCCAUCCGCAGCAAGCUGGCCAACGCCCUCCAGCGCUGGCACCCCAGCGACGGCUCCGCCCGCCUCAUCCUGCAGCCCUGGAAGGACGUGUUCACACCGGGCGCCUGGGAGGCCUUCAUGGUCAAGAACAUCGUGCCCAAGCUAGAGCUGUGUCUGUCGGAGCUGGUGGUGAACCCGCAACAGCAGCACAUGGAUCCGUUCCACUGGGUGAUGGACUGGGAGGGCAUGCUCUCGCUCUCCUGCCUGGUCGGCCUGCUCGACAACAACUUCUUCCGCAAAUGGCUGCAGGUGCUGUGCUCGUGGCUCAGUAACAGUCCUAACUAUGAGGAGAUCACCAAGUGGUAUCUGGGCUGGAAGUCCAUGUUCUCCGACACGCUGCUGGCCCAGCCGCUGGUCAAGGACAAGUUCAACGAGGCGCUGGACAUCAUGAACAGAGCCGUGUCCUCCGGCAUAGGUGACUACAUGCAGCCGGGCGCGCGGGAGAACAUCGCGUACCUCACGCACACGGAGCGGCGGCGGGACUUCCAGUACCGGGCGGCGCAGGAGCGCCAGGAGGCGGAGAGCGUGGCGCAGCGGGGCAUCGGCGCCAUGGCGACGCCCACGGCCGUGCCCACCAACUUCAAGGACCUGGUGCAGGCCAAGGCGGUGGAGAACGGCAUCGUGUUCCUGCCCCUGGUGGGACGGAGGCACGAGGGCAAGCAGCUCUACACGUUCGGCCGCAUCACCGUGUACAUCGACCGCGGCGUGGUGUUCGUGCAGGGCGAGCGGACCUGGGUGCCCACCUCCCUCCAGAGCCUCAUCGACAUGGCCAAGUAGCGCCACACCACGUGUGUGUGUGUGUUACAUACAAGUAGCGCCAGACCACGUGUGUGUGUGUGUUACAUACAAGUAGCGCCAGACCAACGCAGCAAGGCCUGAGGCGCCGUGUACAUCUGUGUGUGUGUGUGUGUGUGUUACAUACAAGUAGCGCCAGACCACGUGUGUGUGUGUGUGUUACAUACAAGUAGCGCCAGACCACGUGUGUGUGUGUGUGUUACAUACAAGUAGCGCCAGACCAACGCAGCAAGGCCUGAGGCUCCGUGUACAUCUGUGUGUGUGUGUGCGUUGCAUAGAACACAGUGUAGCUCCUGCUGUUUUUAUACAGUUUGUAAAUGUGAACCCUCUGACAGAAACAGAAUUAUGAUUCCUAAUAAAUGGCUUAUUUGAUAUAUAAA